AGAAGCAGAAGACGGCGAAGCGCGAGAGAAUGAAGGCAUAUGCUCCCUCGAAAACCCUAAAGUUCACGAAGAGUAAGACGAAUAAGAAGAGCAAGAAAGUGGCGAAGGAUGGACGCAAGCGAAAGUCUGGUCCGCACCUUCCUUCUUCCUUUCUGAGAGAAUUUGGGCUUCAGAAGCCCAUCCCUAGUUCAUCCGACAAAGGGGAAGUAGAGGAGGAGAUUGAGGACCUUUACGAGUACGAGGAGGCACUCCCGGAGGAGGAGACGAAGAAGAAUCGGCGCUUCGAUCCAGUUGAAAACUACGAGUACGAGCUUCCUGACGACUUUGAGGAUGAGAAUGUACCAUCGGAUGAUGAUGAACAUGAGCUUUCGGAUGAAGACGACGGUGUGGCUGACGGGGAAGGGAAUGUAGCGGAUGCUAGUGAAAAGCAUGUGAGAAUGCUCCAAUCAAUCACCGGAUUACCUGCCGAGGCCUUCAAUGAUAAGAAAAAAAAGAAUGUGACUUUGUCCGGUGUGCAAGGUGAUUUUGGGGGUGGACAAAUCAGUAUCAGCGAUUUGUUGGAUCCUCUUCAUGGGAAGGCUGGGUACAGCAUGCUCAGGAAGAGACUGCAUCAGCUGGAAAAGACGCCAAUGGCUGUUCAGGCUCCUCUCCCGAAAGUGGAAAGAGACAAGUUGGAGAGGAAAGUGACAUAUGUGCAAUCAAAAAAGGAAAUGACCAAAUGGGAGCCACUUGUUAAGAGGAACAGAGAGGCUCCUACUCUAUACUUGGGUGAAGAUAUAGACCUGGGCAUGCAUACUGUGGGAACAAUUGCUGCUGAGCAUAAACCACGGACAGAAUUUGAGAGGAAAAUGGCUGCACUAAUUGGUGACCCAGUAGUUAUGGAAGCUCAUAGUAAGGAUGGUGCUAGACUUUUAGAACUCAACAAGGUCUCAAUUGAGGAUGUAAGGGAUCACCAGAGUCGUCUUGCUAAAAUGCGUAGCCUUCUUUUUCGUCAUGAAAUGAAGGCUAAACACAUUAAGAAUAUCAAGUCAAAGACCUAUCAUCGUAUACUGAAGAAGGAGAGACAGAAAAGAGCCUCAGCUGAAAUAGACAUGGAUCCUGAAGUUGCCAAGGAGCUUGCUAUUAAGCAGGAAUUUAAACGAGCUGAGGAACGAAUGACACUGAAGCACAAAAACAGCUCAAAGUGGGCAAAACGUAUUUUGACGCGAGGUUUUAAAGCUCAAGAUGAUGGCACUCGAACUGCUAUUGCUGAACAACUUCAACAACAUGCUCUUCUAACAAGGAAAAUCAAUUCUAUGAAUGAGAAUAGCAGCAGUGAUGAAACUAGUGAUGAUGAUUCAAAUGACCUUUCACAUGGUUCAGAUAGUGGAGUUUCCAAACUCCUUAAUAAAGCGAAAGAUAAGACAAUUAAGGUCAUGGAAGAAGAGGAUGAGAUGCCUAAAACUGGAGUUUUUGCAUUGCCUUUCAUGGUAAGCAUUAAAGAUUAUAUUUCAAUCCAUGAACCCAUAGCUUGACCUUUCCGGGAGCAU